AUGGUCAAAUCAUACUCCAUCGCGCUCGCUGCCACCGCUAUUCUCUUCGCAGUCGCACCAGCGGCUGCCUACGAAUACCAUGAUGCCGAAGCUCGGGAUCUCGGUGACUACUCCGGACAUAUGGCUCGCGAUUUGUCUUCAUACUACCAAUUCGAGGCUCGGGAACCAAUGGACUUCGAGGGCGAUCUCUAUGCUCGAGACAAGAAAGAAGAGCACAAGGAUCACCGCAAGCCGUUCUUCAAAUCUAGGAAAGGGCGGAAGGCCCGUAAAUCAAGACUCGCCGUCCUCAAGAAGACCUGCGGUAAAUUGGAGAACAAGGACAAGGACGAAUGUAUGAAACAAUACAAGGAGGUCACUGACAAGACCAUGGCCGCCCUGAAUAAGUACAGGCCUAUCGUGAAGAAGCUCAAGGCCGACAAGAAGAAGAAGGCCGACGAGGAGAGGAAGAAGAAAGAGGCGGAGAAGAAGAAGAAGGACGAGGAAGCCAAGAAGAAGAAGGAAGAGGAGGCCAAGAAGAAGAAGGAAGAGGAGGCCAAGAAGAAGAAGGAAGAGGACGACAAGAAGAAGAAAGAAGAAGAAGAGAAGAAGAAAAAGGAGGAGGAGGAGAGGAAGAAGAAGGCGGGCCAGAAGCGAGACCUUGAUGACCUGGAGGAUCGCGACCUUGACUACGAAUCUCUCCUUUCCAUCAUGCAGCGGGCGUACGACGACUCGGAGGACCUCUACGCCCGUGAAUACCUCAACCUUGAGGAGCUCGAUUGA